AUGCGGUCAAGGAGCUGCCUAACGUUCCCCGCUCGUUUCUGUUCCGUCUCCUUCCGGUCUCCCUUCCGUCUCCCUUCCGUCUCCUUUCCGUCUCCCUUCCGUCUCCUUCCCGUCUCCCUUCCGUCUCCGUUCCGUCUCCUUUCCGUCUCCUUUCCGUCUCCUCUCCGUCAUCCCACGUACCCGACCCAACCACCAGGCGCCAUAGCCGCCACCUCCGGCCAUCCCGCCUCCCCCUCUCCGCGAUCAGGAAGCGCGCGUUCCGCCGCCGCAGGUGUCCCCGUUAUGAGCAGCCUCGCUGCAAGAAACGGGCUGUCCAUUGCGCGUGCAGGGAUAGGCAGGCAAGCGGGCGCGGGACACGAAGCCUCUGCUUGCGCCACGUCUGGGGGCCCGCAUUCCCGCCCCCCUGGCUCCCCGCACUCCCCGGGGCCUCCGCUUCCCCCCCGGGGAAAUGCAGCUGGGAGCGGGGCGGGCGCAGCAGGGGCGCAUGCGCGCGCGGGUAGGUCGGCGGGCGCAAAGGCGGGGGUGAUUGCGACGACUCUGCGCGCCAUAUGGCGGGAGGAGGGCAUCCGCGGACUGUACAGGGGGCUGUGCCCCUCCGUGGUUGCGCUGCUGCCGAACUGGGCGGUAAGGGGAAACGUCGGGAGCGAGGUGUACUUUUCAGUGUACGACCAUCUCAAGGAGAUGCUCAGUGCACCCGACUCUACCCGUCCCAUCUCAGAUUCGCCAUUUGCUGAUUGCAUUCCCCUCCCACCAAUGGCCCAUGCAUGCCCCUUCCCCCGCCUUCAGGUGUACUUUUCAGUGUACGACCAUCUCAAGAAGAUGCUCAGUGCACCCGACUCCCAUUUCCCCGGCAGCAGCAGCAGCAGCACAGGAAGGGGAUGCACAGGGGAGGCCUGCACUGGUAGUGCCAGCAGCACAGGCGCCAGCACCUCUGGCGUCAGGUGCACGGGGGUGUCGUGUACAGGGGACUGCAAUGGAAUCCCAUCCUCCUCCUCCUCCUCCUCCUCCUCCUCCUCCUCCUCCUCCUCCUCCUCCUCCUCCUCCUCCUCCUCCUCCUCCUCCUCCUCCUCCUCCUCCUCCUCUGCCCCUCCGCCGCUGCUCACCAGCGUUACAGCAGCAGCGGGUGCCGGUGCCACUACUGCUAUUCUCACCAACCCGCUCUGGGUCGUGAAAACUCGCUUGCAGACCCAGGGCCUGCGCCCCCAUCGCCUGCCGUACAAGGGCACGGUGUCGGCACUGGUGCGAAUAUUCAAAGAGGAAGGGGUCGCAGGGCUGUACAGUGGAGUGGUACCAGCGCUAGCAGGGGUGAGCCACGUGGCCAUCCAGUUCCCCCUCUACGAGCACCUCAAGCAGACCAUGGCGGAGAGAGCGCACACGAGUGUCGAUAACCUAUCACUCAUCGACCUCGCUCUGGCCUCCGCAGUCUCGAAAGUCGUGGCUUCAACCCUCACAUACCCACACGAGGUGGUGCGCUCCCGGUUGCAGGAGCAAGGGCGAGCAAUCGUAGCAGCGGGCGCAGAUGCCUCCGUGCCCCGCUAUCUUGGUGUGAUUGACUGCAUUCAACAGGUGCUUUAUUGA